GCGGUGUUUGGAUGCCAGAAGUUACGAGAAAUACACAACUUACACAGAGAACCUACCCAGCUAAAACAUGUGAUAUAUCAUCGCCUUGGAGAAAGAGUGAAUUUUUAAGAAUUUUUAAGAGUGAACUUUUAAGAAUCAGGGAAACCCUUAAAGAUUCUACAGAGAAUAACUACAGCAGAGGAUUUGCGUUCUGUGAGGAAUGAGAUCAGACUCAUUUUAAUCCAAAAUAUGGGAUGUGUGAGUUCUAGGGAAAAGGGUGGUGGUGUGGAGCAAAGGUCGAAACCCCGACCCCCAGAAGUCAGCAGAUACACUGGAGACCCAACUAAAAAAUCAUCAUCACUGCUGCCUGGGCAGCUUAUGCAGAAUGGGGAUGCUGAAUCCACAGACAGCAAGAUUGUGAUAGCCUUAUUCCCAUAUGAAGCUGAGAAUAAGAAUGAGCUAAGUUUCAAGAAAGGAGAGAAACUCGUAAUAUUGGAUGAGAAUGGCGAGUGGUGGAAAGCAAAGUCUCUUUCCUCUGGCAAAGUAGGAUUAAUACCGUCCAAUUACAUAACGCCAGAAGAGAGCAUGGACAACAAAGAGUGGUACUUUAAAAACAUCAGCAGAAUAACAGCUGAGAGAAACCUGCUGUCUCCUGCCAAUAAACCAGGUGCCUUCCUCAUACGCCAGAGUGAGACAACCGCAGGAAGUUACUCCAUGUCAGUGAAAGACGUGGGUCCUAAUGGCUCAGCUGUGGUAAAGCAUUACAAGAUUCGCCUGUUGGAAGAUGGAGGAUUCUACAUCUCCCCAAGAAUCACCUUCAAAACAAUAGAUGACCUCAUUGCAUACUAUCGUAAGCAGGCCAGUGGUUUAUGUCAGCGAUUAGGCAAAGCAUGUGUGAAGCCUAAAAAUGCAGUACAGUGGGAUGAAGAUGCUUGGGAAAUUGCCAAGGAAUCUCUUCAUAUGACGAGCAGGCUUGGAGCUGGUCAGUUUGGCGAGGUCUGGUUAGCAACAUAUAACAAGACUACUAAAGUAGCAGUGAAGACCCUGAAGCCAGGCAGCAUGUCAGUUGAGGCAUUUCUUCAGGAGGCUAACUUGAUGAAAACGUUACGGCAUGACCGCCUUGUCCGCCUUUACGCCGUGGUCACCAAAACAGAGCCCCUCUACAUCAUCACUGAAUUCAUGGCUAAUGGGAGCUUGUUGGACUUUCUGAAAAGUCCCCAAGGCAGAAAAAUACAGCUACCUAAACUGAUUGACUUUGGAGCUCAAAUUGCAGAAGGCAUGGCGUACAUUGAAAAGAAGAACUAUAUUCACAGAGACUUGAGAGCUGCAAAUGUCCUCGUCAGUGAAAGCCUGCUCUGUAAGAUUGCUGACUUUGGUCUGGCUAGGGUCAUUGAGGACAAUGAAUAUUCAGCCAGAGAAGGUGCUAAAUUCCCCAUCAAGUGGACUGCACCAGAAGCUAUAAACUAUGGUUCGUUCACCAUCAAAUCAGAUAUGUGGUCAUUCGGCAUCCUUAUAUAUGAGAUCGUCACCUAUGGGAAAAUCCCCUACACAGGUCUGAGCAAUGGUGAAGUGAUGGCACGAGUGCAGCGUGGCUAUCGCAUGCAGUGUCCUGAGAACUGCCCAUCUGAACUGUAUGAGAUCAUGACUUCAUGCUGGAAGGCCAAACCCGAGGAGCGGCCUACAUUUGAAUACAUGCAGAGUGUGCUGGAGGACUAUUAUACAGCCACAGAGGGCCAGUACCAGAGCCAGCCAUGAUACCAGAUUGGACAACCAAGACCAUCAUAUAGAAUUUUAUUAUUUACACAUAUUAGUUCAACACCAUGUGAGAGCAGCUAUACCAAGGAUACACUUCCUAGAAGUACACAAAUAAAGAAGAAAACUUGAAGAAAUUAAAGGAAAUAAGGAAUUAGGACACAUGUGGAACCUGUCCUCCUCUGUGCUGAAGGAAGGCUGGUUUAUCUCAUCAGUCAGCAAAGAAAGUAAAAAAUAACUACCUUAUAUGGCCUUUUUUCAUUUUUGUUAGUGAUCAAUGUCAAAAUUUGUAAGAGAAUGUAAAAAUAGAAUCAAUCCACCAACAGAUGUUAUUAGCAGGAAAUGUUCAAAUAAAAGUGCUCACAGUUCAGUCCAGUGUACAGAUCCAAUUUAAAACUACAGUCACUGGCCACUUGAGCAGUCUCCCAGUUAUCCAGUCAGUGAAUCAUAUGGCACUAGAAAAGUCUAUAAAUUCAUGGAGAUACAGGUUAAGAGCUUCAAUUAUUGUUUAUAUCAAACAUGAUAAAUUGGGGAAAUUGUGACCUCAUUGACUUUGACCAUGGGUUGUUGGUGCCAGACCGCCUGAUGACAUAUUUCGAUAGAUGGACCACAGUAGAUUAGAUCCUGAUUCUUGGUCCACCUUAAAUAUGUAUCUGAGGCUACAGUGGGCAGAGAUUACAAUGGACAUGUCACAAUUGGGAAAACCACCAAGUUACCACUGUUGGGCCCAAGGCCCUUAACCCUCUCUGCUCCAGGGCACCGUAUCACGGCUAACCCUUCGCUCUGCUUCAUGCGACACGCAUUCGGAAAUGCUUUACUACUCCCCCUGGAGACAAACAGGGGCUAUUCAAGCUACUCUAGCCUUCCUGUCAACUCAAAGCAGUCUGGUCAUAGUACUCUGAAGGCAUUUCUAAGAAAAGUACAGAUACACCACCUACAUAACGUGGCCAGUGAGUGUAGUGGGUUUAGAAAAUUUAGUAUUUCUUUCUAAAUGGUAAUAACUAUAUACUUCUGACAAUAAAACCCUUUGUAAAUAUGGCUCAGUUCUUUGGCUUGUUAUACAGGGUGACUGGAAAACGUGUCUACAGUGGUGCACAAGUGGAACCCGAUUGAAGCAAUGAUGUUAUAUAUUUUACAGUCCACAGUAAUGCAACUGUCUCCUGUAAGUGUUACACUGUUGUAAUGAAAAAUGUUAACAUUGGAUACCCCC